AUGUCGAGUGCGACUCCUACUCUGGAAGGCCUAGGAAGAAUCCCACAGGAGCUCUAUAUCGUUGGCUUGACUCUCUUGAUUGUCACGUGGACUGCCGUAUUCGCAAGGGCCUAUGUUCGUGGCUUUAUGCUACGAUCUGUCGGCUGGGAUGACUGGACCCUAAUACCAGCCCAGAUCUGCUAUACUGUGCAAUGCGCCUAUUUGAUCUCAAUGGCCCGUAUGGAGAUGGACUCUGCCAAAUACAACAACAUAAGGGGCAUCUCGACUCUAGUUACUGUCUCACUUGGCCUGUUCUUCCUUCGCAUCAUCACGGAAAAGUGGCAGCGUUACAUCAUCUAUGCUGGUAUCACAAUCAAUACCCUCUACGGCAUCACUUACUUUGGACUGUGCACUUUUGGAUGCGGCGAUCCAUCGAAGUACCUCCUUCGCAUCACCUUGAAUCAAUGCAUCUCGAUCAAAAACGUUGUUAUCCCCGCUUCGUAUAUCUUUACUGGACUCAACGCCGCCAUGGACUGGACAAUGGCUCUUCUUCCCAUUAGCACCAUCUGGUACCUCAACAUGCCGACGUUGACAAAGUUCUAUGCUUACCUGCUUAUGCUCCUGGGAGCUGCCGGCAGCAUCGUUUCGUUGAUCCGAUUUGCCUUCGUCGACAGCCUCGAACCGGAUGUCAUGUUCUUCAAAAACACCGGCAAGCUGGCCAUCUACUCUCACAUCGAGCCUGGUCUAGGCAUAGUGGCCGUGUGUUGCGCGACACUCAGACCGUUGUUCAGACAAUGUAUCGAGGGAGCCAAGUCCGUAUCCAGCACACAGAAGAGUCAUGGACCGAGCGGCAAGAGGACUAGCGUCACCGAAAACUCGGACAUGCAGCUGACGAGCUUGCGAAAGAAUCGUCGGGCGAAAGAGGGCUUUGUCACCUUUGAUGAAAGUGAAGGCUUGCAAUCGCAGUGGUCAAAUGAGCAUGAGAUUGGAGUCAAGACUGAUUUCAGUGUCGAGACUCGACUAACGAGAGCUGGCAGUCAUGGUGUGGAACAAGGGAGAGCACUAUCGUUUCCUGAACCGCCUGACACCCCCGAGCAGAGCAUACAUGCUCGGUACUUCUAG